GCUGGCAGUCAAGUAGUUCUGCUUUGAAAUUUCAGAAAGUUGUGAAAAAAUAAUUGACGGUACCAAACAAAGUUAGAUAAAAACGAUGAAGUAUCUGCUAAUUCUCGGGACGCUGGUGGUCCUGGCUGCGGGUCAAAAUUACAAACCAGUCGUAUUCAUUAAUGAUGGAUCUUUCACUUGUACUGCAGCAGGCGCUUUCGCGGAUCCCAGUGAUAGUGGAAAAUUUUAUUACUGUGUUUAUACUGGUAGUGGAUACUUGUCGACCUUAAUAUCCUGCUCAAAUGGAUACGCUUUUGAUGCUAAAUCUCAACAAUGUGCCAUGCAAACUCCGAAUCAGUCUAGGGAUGGUGACAGCACUCCUGCGCCCAUUACGACGACGGCGGUACCUUCCUCAACUGCAAGCCCAACGACUGUCGCGGUGACCACAGAAGCACAACCAACAACGAUAGUUUCAACGAAAACAGGAGGUCCUGAUUCCACCAGUGCAGCAACUAAACUUGAGACAACCACAAUUGCCUCAACUACCCCAACUCCUAUUAUUACAACUGAGGUCCUAACUACAACGACUAAAGUGGUAUCAACAACGGAACAAAGUACGACACCAAAGGUUGAACCAACCACGGAAAAGCCGAUUUCAACCACAACCCAACAAUCCACAACGGAAGCUUCUACCCCAACAACCAAUGACGGAACUUUUGUCUGCACUGCUCUAGGAGCCUUCCCCAACCCACUAACCAACAAGAGUUUCUACUAUUGUGUUUCGGAGAAUGCUGGUGGAUACACUUCGAUAAAAAUUGAAUGCGGGGAAGGUACUGAAUAUAUUUCUUCAAUUGAGACAUGUGGAAUUUCCGGAGAUGUUCAACCAGUAACUGAAAACCCAAGUGCUACUACCCUUGAACCCGAGCCUUUCGUAUGCCCAGGAGCUGGAUUUUUCCCUGACACCUCUGAUGAAACCAAAUUCUACUACUGCUUUUCCGAUGGGAAAGGAGGUUACAUUCCUGUCGAUUUGAAUUGUGGUGCAGGAGCAAAAUUCAUAGCAAAUCUGGGAGGAUGUGGAAUUCCAACCCCUGAUGAAGUUCCAACAACAACAGAAGCGAAUAGUGAUUUCAAAUGUUCUGUUGAAGGAGCCUUCGCGGAUCCUGACAGUGAUAGCAAUUUUUAUUUCUGCUUCCCCAAUGGUGAAGGCGGGUUCAUCCCUAUUACUUUGUCUUGUGGAGCAGAUCAAGUAUUUGAUGCUGAUCUACUCGAAUGCGUAGAUUUAGAUAUAUCUAGCACCGAGUCACCUGCUGAAUCUUCUACACCAUUGCCCAUCGUCUGUAGUGCUGAAGGAGUCUUUGCCGACCCUGAAGAUGACACUAAAUUCUUUUAUUGUUUCGAGAAUCCUGAUGGAAGUGGAUACCGAGAAGUUCUCUUUACUUGUCCACUGGGAUUGGUAUUCGACAAUCAAAAGAAAUUCUGCAGCAAAUCCGAGGUCUCACAAAGCAGUACCGAAGCAGCCACCACUUUGCAGCCGGAAAGUACAGAAACAACCGAACAGGAUAAUGAAACAACCACACUUGCACCCUUCAGUUGCACCCAAAAUGGAAUGUUCGCAGAUCCAUCCAAUGAUGAACACUUCUAUAUUUGUAUAUUUGACGGGUUUGGAUACAUCACAAUAUCAUUGCAGUGUACCAAAGAUAUGGUCUUCAUCCCGGAUUUAUAUCGAUGUGCUCCCCCAGAUACGCCAGUUCCUCCACCUGCCCCAAUAAAAUGCAACUCAGUUGGAUACUACCCCGACCCAGACAGUUGUCAAAACUACUACUAUUGCUAUUCGAACUUUGACGGAGGAUAUUUGACCAUCAAAAUGACAUGUCCUCCGGGUACCAAUUACUUUGCAAACAUGCAAAUUUGUGUCACUGAUAAAGUACUGAAAUGCAAAGAUGGUCAUGAUGAUGAUGACGACGAUGAUGAUGAAGGAUCUGGAUCAAUAUCCACGACUGAAGCUUCUGAGGAGACAACAUCUACCACAACCGCCAAACCAAAGUUCCAAUGUCCUGGUGCAGGGAACUUCGCAGAUCCUGACGACGACCAUAAGUAUUACAAAUGCAAAUAUAAACAUGGCGGAAAGUUGGAAGCAAGCAAGAAGAAGUGCGACCAUGGUUCCCAGUUUUCUGCUUCCAAACAUAAAUGUGUAUCUGAUGAUGACUGGUCGUGGUGGUGGUGGUAAUACCACCCCUCAAUCAAGUCAUGGAAGUUAUGGAAGCGCUGUGAAGACCAUUCCUCUUUAACUAAAUAUUUAUCUCACAUAUUAUGUAUUAUAGAUUAUAUCUAAUUAUGUACCAAUGUAACGGUCCUAUGUCCAGAAAAUGGCAACGUGAUUGUGAAAAUACGAAAUAUAUACACUUUAUUUUAAUGGA